GCUUACUGUGUGUUUCAGGAAAUAAGCACAACAUGACCACAACACCUGGAGAUAACCAAAACCAUGAUCCCAAUCCUUCUGCAGUUCCUUCUGGAUUACCCAUACCUGUCAGUGAUCUGGAAGUCAAGUACACAAAGAUAUUUAUAAACAAUGAAUGGCAUGACUCCAGCUGUGGCAGGAAAAUCCCUGUCUACAACCCUGCAACAGGAGAAAAGAUCUGUGAGGUGGAAGAAGGAGAUGAAGAAGAUGUUGACAAGGCUGUCAAAGCUGCUAAAGAAGCAUUUCAGCUAGGGUCAGUUUGGCGCAGAAUGGAUGCUUCAGACAGAGGAAGGCUCUUGAACAAGCUGGCUGACUUGGUUGAGAGGGAUCAACUGAUUUUAACUACUAUGGAAACUAUUGACUCUGGAAAACUGUUCCUCAUUGCAUACUUUGUUGAUUUAAUGGCUGCAGUAAAAACAUUGCGAUACUAUGGUGGCUGGUCUGACAAAAUCCAAGGCCGGACAAUCCCUGUAGAUGGAGAGUAUUUUACAUUCACAAGACAUGAACCAGUUGGUGUAUGUGGACAAAUCAUACCAUGGAACUUCCCAUUGUUGAUGUUUAUCUGGAAAAUUGCUCCUGCCCUCUGUUGUGGUAAUACAGUGGUUAUCAAACCUGCUGAGCAAACUCCACUCACUGCACUCCACAUGGCAGCUUUAGUGAAAGAGGCUGGUUUUCCUCCUGGGGUGGUCAAUGUUGUUCCAGGCUAUGGUUCCACAGCAGGGGCAGCGAUUGCCAGUCACAUGUACAUAGACAAAGUGGCCUUCACUGGCUCAACUGAGGUUGGCAAACUGAUAAAAGAAGCUGCAGGAAAAAGCAACCUUAAAAGAGUGACACUGGAGCUGGGAGGCAAGAACCCCAAUAUUGUAUUUGCUGAUGCUGAUUUGGACCAUGCAGUGGAACAGGCACACCACGGACUGUUUUUCAAUCAAGGCCAGUGCUGCCUGGCAGGAUCCAGGAUAUUUGUGGAGGAGACCAUUUAUGAAGAAUUUGUACGCAGGAGUGUGGAGCGAGCCAAGCAGCGUGUUUUAGGAAACCCUUUCAUCCCUGGAGUGGAUCAGGGUCCACAGAUUGACAAAAAGCAGUUUGAUAAAAUCCUGGAAUUGAUUGAGAGUGGGAGGAAGGAGGGAGCCAAGUUGGAAUGUGGAGGAUCACAGUGGGGAGACAAAGGCCUCUUCGUUCAACCUACAGUAUUCUCAGAUGUUACAGAUGAAAUGCGUAUUGCCAAAGAAGAGAUAUUUGGACCAGUCCAACAGAUUAUGAAGUUUAAAACUAUUGAUGAAGUCAUUAAGAGAGCAAACAGCACACACUAUGGUUUGGUUGCAGGAGUUUUCACUCAGGACAUCAAUAAAGCACUCACCAUUGCAUCAUCCCUCCAAGCCGGUACUGUGUGGGUUAACUGCUACAAUGCCAUGAGUUCCCAGUGUCCUUUUGGAGGGUUUAAAAUGUCUGGGAAUGGAAGGGAAAUGGGUGAAUACGGCCUGCAAGAGUACACAGAGAUAAAGACUGUUACAAUCAAAAUCCCUCAGAAGAAUUCUUAAGUUACAUACUUUUCCAAGAAGACAAUAAAGCAUGCGAAUAUAUCACACCAGUGGCUUUUUUUGGUCAUUUCAGUAGUACAAUAAAUGUGAAUUUUUAUUUGAGGCCCUUCUGCUGAAGAAACCCCAUAUAGAACACCAGAAAUACUUGGCUUUAAUACAAUUCCAGUGGGGUUUUAGGAUGGUGUUGUAUUUCUGUAAUGUUUGUGGUCUUAAACACUGGCAUUUUUUAUUUAAUGGUCAUUUAAAAAAAAAAAAAGUUACAGGGAGUUGUGCAGGUUGUCUUCAGGGAAAACAUUUAGGGGAGAGGGUGCACGAUUGAAAGUACUGGUUGAGACUUAAAUGUGCAAUCUGUAAUAUUUAUUAGAGCACAGGGCCCAAGAAAAUGUUACAGUAUAACACAAACGUUGAAGAAUUUCACACUAAAUACAUUUUGUUUGUGAAGGAAUUUUUCUUUUGACUAGAUAUUUAAAUGCUAUUGUUUGGUAGUUGCUUGGGUGUGUUGAAAGCUUUUGUAAUGACAGUAUCUCAAACCUUCACAAGCAGGCUUAACAGAAACUGCACGCACAUAUCCACACUUGCAUGUAACAAAGUAUGUAUACAGUUUAAGAGGGAAUAACAAAGAUUAUAGGAUUAGUUUAAUUACUGAAUUUGGACUUCAAAUAAAUGAUGUACUAUACUGCUACCAAAAACCUUGCAGAACGUAUCGGUAAAGUAUAUUCUUUGCUACAUACAGCAUAUUCUUGCAUUUCUUUUUACUCUACAAGUAUUUCUGUACAGUAUGUUUUGAAGAAACAUGCAAUUAUUGAACAAAGAACAGCAAGACAAGCUGUUAAAAAAAGGAACUAAACAUACUGCAGACAGUGUAGAUACUGAAACACAUGGAAUGGUUCUUGGCUGCACAAUAUAAAUGUACUGGCUGAUGAAUUCCAGCAAACAAAGAAUCGUUUGUUAACUUUAUCUUGAAAGUAUACGGAAUUAGAAACCGGGGGUUGUGUUUUUUGUUCUGUGUAAGGAAUCCUGCUGAUUUGACUGCAUAUACUUAAUGUGCAUGUGGCAAGUGGCAAGACAACUAAUGUGUGCCACUGCUUUUUAAUUCCUUAUUUUUAUAAGGUCACCCUUUUUUGCUGUUGGCUGUUUUUCGAUGAGCACAGUUUGAUGGGUGUUUUUAUAUCAUUUUUGAAAUAGUAAUGACUUUUCAUGAAUUCUCUUUGUUUUCCAUCAUAACGUGUCUGUCGUUUUUUCAGAGGACAUAUUGGUACAUGUAAUGUGAAUAGGCCCCAUUCAGAAAGCUUUAAUUGUCUGUUUUGAUGGCUUAAAUAGUUUGAUAUUUUUCUUAGAUAGUCAAGUUUCAUCCAUUCAAAACAUGCUUAAACCAUCAAAAGACUUUAAAAACGUUGUAUCUCGUAAUGAGUUAUCCUUUGUGAAUAUGACCCUAUAACACAUAGAUGUUACUGUGUGUUUUAGCAAAGUGAUCCAUUUUGAGCAAUGUUUUUAAAGAUGUUAUCAACUAUGUAUAUUGCAGUAGCUUUUCAACAACUGAUUUAAAAUAUAGCAUUUUUCUAAAGUCCUUUUUGAGUACUCUGCAGUUUCAUGUGAAAUGAGAAAAUAUUUACUAAAACACAUGCUAAAGAUUACAAACAGAUCAAAUAGCAUUGUUACGCCAUAUCCACAAUUGUAUAAGCCUUUAAAACUUAGAUAUGAACUGCCAACCAAUUAUUUACACCAUAGCACAUCAUGAUUGUGAAAUGAUGCAGGACUGACUUUCAACUUUAGAGAACCAUUGGUUGUAUUCUUGAUGUUCUUUUCAUUUUUCAUCACCAUUGUUAUAUAACUUAUAAAAAGAAACAUGGUGCACCUUCGUAAAAUGUAUACUUAAGAUAAAAAGAAAACUACUUUUAAUAUAAUCAAGUCAGUCUGAGCAAAAAGACUACAUAUGAACACAUCUUUAUAAUCAUCUUGGGUAAAACUUAAGUUUCAUUCCAUUUAAAUGGUGCAGUUUAAAUCAUUUAAUUUAAUUUGUUAGUUAUUUUCAUGCAUUAGAUAAAAUGUAUUGGAAUUGUCUGUGAAUCAACUGUUUAAUUGGCUGAAGAAUGUAAUAUUGAUUUAUAAAUGUGUUAAGUAUUUAAUCUGAAAUAAAAAUAUGCACAUUUGAAACUGUUUUUGGUGCAUACGUAAUGUAUUC